UCAUCUAUGUAACUUUCCACUUUGACAAAUCCACACGCAAUCUUUGCAAUUCUUAUAUCACUUCACCUUCCUGGAAAUUUCCUUCUUCCGCAUUGGAGCUCUUCUUAUUUAAUUUACCCUGUCUCGCCCCCUGCUCUCUCUCAUCAAUUACAAACCCACUGCUUCAUGUCCCUUUUUUUUUGAACUUGUUCUUAUUAAUCGUCGAUAAAAUUUCUGUUAUUUCUCGGAUACCCAGUUCGUGUUUUGUUGUUUUAUUAUCUGUUUUUGAAGGGAAUUGAAGUUGAAGAUGGAGAACAACCAGCAAUCGUUUUGGCAAUUCAGUGAUCAGUUGAGGCGACAUACUUCAAACUUGGCAAAUCUGUCACUCAGUGAUACGAUAUGGAGCAAUUCUUAUGUAUCAAAGAGGCCUGAUGAGAGGAAGAAUUUUGAUAUAAGAGUUGGAGGUGAAGUGAAUUCUGGUAUUAGUUCUAAGUCAAAAGAGUCUGAUUUGAACAAUGAUGGGUGGAAGAUAGCAUCUAAUGGUGGAGCUACCACCGAUUUGAAUGGAUUAAAUGAUGGGUGGAAGAUGUCAUCUAGCGGUGGAGCUACUACCGAUUUGAAUGGAUUAAAUGAUGGGUGGAAGAUGUCAUCUAGCGGUGGAGCUACUACCGAUUUGAAUGGAUUUAACGAUGGGUGGAAGAUAGGAUCUGGUGUUAACAGUUAUGGACUUGGUCCUAUUGGAAGUAUUGGUCGAGCUGUUGGCGGUGGAUCCCAGAAAAAUGUUGGGAUCAAUGGUGGGUUUAAUAAGGGGAUUUAUUCAAAGAGCAAUUAUAACAACAACAUCAAUGUUCAUGUGAAGGGCAAGAACAAGGGAGAGGACGAUCAUGGAGGCAAAAUUGUGAAGAAGAAUAGUAACAAGAAGAGCAAUGGUGAUAAUAACAACAAUAAUGAUGGUAAGGAUAAGCUAAGUGCUCUUGAUAAGAGAUUUAAGACACUUCCACCUUCAGAAUCUCUGCCUAGGAAUGAAACUGUUGGUGGCUAUAUCUUUGUUUGUAACAACGAUACUAUGCAAGAGAAUCUCAAGAGACAGCUCUUUGGCUUGCCUCCACGAUACCGAGAUUCAGUAAGGGCGAUCACUCCAGGCCUGCCCCUUUUCCUCUACAACUACUCCACCCACCAACUCCAUGGAAUCUUUGAGGCUGCAAGUUUUGGAGGAACAAACAUUGAUCCAUUAGCCUGGGAGGACAAGAAAUGCCCUGGAGAAUCACGCUUCCCUGCUCAGGUAAGAGUUGUUACAAGGAAAGUUUGUGAGCCACUGGAAGAGGACUCCUUCAGGCCAAUUCUCCACCACUAUGAUGGCCCUAAGUUCCGGCUUGAACUCAACAUUCCUGAGGUACUGUCUCUCCUGGAUAUAUUCGACGAACAAAGCCCUUGAACAGCUUACCAUAUACAAUUAUACAGAUACACAUACAAGGAAAGGAGAAGAUAAAAGAGUUGCUUAAAGAAUAGAAGAUAAAAAAAAGAGUUAUUUAGCUAUAGUAAUUACUGUAUUGGGAUUUGAAAGAGAGAGUUAUAGGCAAGGAAUUAAUGGCAAAUGGGGAAGGAGGCUGAACCAUCAGUGUGAUGUAUAAUUUUCUGUAUGAAAGCUGAUAUGGUGCUUUUUGUUCUCUGGAUUGGUAUAUAAAUAACUAAAACAAUGCUAAAGUGAACGAAUAUUUAUGAUGUUUUAAAGCAGAAUGAAUGGUCUUUACAUUUUUCA